AUGGGACUCUGGGAAAGAUCAUCGGCAAUUGCCGGGCCAGGAGCUCGCAGUCCAAGCAGUCCCAGUCCUGAGGCUCACCAUGUAUACACCGACUUGUUGACCUUUUGCUUCGACGGCCCCAACCAGUAUGACCAGCGACGACCGAUCUUCAUAGACGCCCAAGACCCCUCGCGUUCACUCAAUGCCAGUCAGUUUCGGCUGCUGGUCAGAACACUCAUAGCCGGACUCAAGGCUCAUCAUGUGCAGCGCGGAGACUGCAUCAUAUACCCCGCACUGUUUUUUGCUAUCAUCGGCGCUGGCGGUGUGUUCAUGGGCUCCAAUUCUCGCAGCCAACCUCAAGAACUCGAGCAUAUCCUGCAAUUGGCAGAUCCGAAGCUGAUCAUUACGUCGCGCGAUGCGCUCCCCAACGUUCUCAGCGUCUCCGCCGCCCGUGGAAUGCUCUCGAGCCAGGUGUGUUUGCUGGAUGAAUACGCUCCCAACCAUAUUGCCCAAUUGCUUUUGUCGGGCCCGCUGGCCUUGAUUCCUGAAAACGACGCUGUGUAUCUGAAUUUCGCGCAACUGCUCAGCUAUGGGGAGAACGACUGGGUGCGAUUCAAUGACCCGGCGAUCGCAAAGUCGACGCCGGCCGCCAUGUUCUCCACCAGCGGGACGGGCGGCCUGCCCAAGGGAGCCCUGCUUUCGCAUCACGCAAUCGUAUCACAUCACCUCAGCAUCAACUAUGAUGUCCCCUACGUAGUUACACGGCUCAUCUCUCUGCCGAUGUUCCAUCUGUUCGGGUCGCUCUGGACGCACAUCUUCCCCAUCCGCUACGGCCAGCCGCUCUUCGUCCUCCCGCGCUUCGAGCUGACCCAGUAUGUCGCCGCCAUCUACCACUACCAGAUCACGGAGACCUAUAUGGUCCCCGCCAUGAUCCACGUUUUCAAUCGCAGUGCUCCCCCGAUCGCAGAUUACAUGGGCACGCUGCGGUACGUCGGUGUGGCGGGUGCGCCCAUCGACGGCCCCUCGAUGGAGCAAUUCCAGCGGCUGCUGCACCCGCACGCGCGCGCAACUCAGCUCUGGGGCAUGACCGAGGUCGGGGUCGUGUUUCAGACGCGAUACGGCGAGCAGGGGAGCCCCGGAAGUAUCGGACGUCUGUUACCUGGAUACGAGGUGCGACUGGUCGGUCAGGACGGGAACGUGGUGCAGGGGGAGUCACGACCCGGGGAGCUGUAUGUGCGCGGGGCCGGGGUGCUGAUGAGCUACAAGGGCCGCAACGACGCCAAAGAUGCAUAUGGCUGGUUCCGGACGGGUGAUGUGGCCUAUGUCCAGAACGGGCAGUACUUUAUCGUCGGACGAACCAAGGAACUCAUCAAAGUGCGAGGAUGGCAAGUUGCCCCCGCUGAACUGGAAGCGGUUCUCCUCAAACACCCCGGCAUCGAAGACGCCGCCGUCACAGGCGUCACCUCCAAAGACGGCAGCACAGAAUUGCCCCGCGCCUUCGUGGUGAGAGCCAAGGGACCGGCUGCAAAUCGGCUGACAGCGGAAGAAGUCUACCAAUUCGCACGCCGUCAACUGGCCAGCUACAAGGCGCUAGACGGGGGGAUUGUCUUUGUCGAGGAAAUCCCCCGCACGGCCAGCGGGAAAAUCCAGCGCUUCAAGCUCUCGCAGAUGAACACGUACCGCGACAUGGUAUCCAGUCUGCUGGCGCGGUUCAAGGGAGCCGCUAGUGGACUUGGGGGGUUGGGGUUGGUGCACAAGGGCCGUGUGGCCGUGUAG